AUGAAAGCAACCGAAACCCUUGGACCUAUUUUCUCGUCCGCAAACACUCAUCGAGGCCUCAUUCUAAUGAAUCCAUUUAACCCUCCUCUGCAGAUUGAACUCAAGGAAAAGUACAAAUUUCGCAUCAUCUUAGAUGAGACUUGGUCAUUCGGUGUAUUAGGCCGUACCGGCCGGGGCUUGACUGAAGCACAACACGUAGACCCGUCUCAGGUAGAUAUGAUCAUUGGCUCCCUAGCCGGUCCCCUUUGCGCAGGUGGCGGGUUCUGUGCAGGUCCAAAGGACGUCGUCGAACACCAGCGCGUCUCCUCGGCCUCCUUCACAUUUUCUGCUGCCUUGCCUGCCAUGCUUGCUGUCACAGCAAGCGAGACACUGAAUAUGCUUCAAUCCAAUCCGGAUGUCAUAAGCCUUUGUCGCGAAAAUAUCAAAGUCAUGAGGGCACAGCUAGAUCCUCGCAGCGAUUGGGUUACGUGCACCAGUGCUCCGGAAAACCCGAUCUUGUUGCUGGUUUUGAAACCGACAGUCAUCCACGCACGAGCGUUAACGAUCGAGGAUCAAGAAAAGCUUCUCCAGGAGUGCACAGAUGAGGCACUUGCGAAUGGAUUAAAGGUUGGCUCAUGGGAAAUGCAACCAGCACUGAAGGUGUGCGUUACCACAGGAUUAAGCAAGCGAGAGAUCGAGAAAGCUGGCACAUCGAUUCGACAUGCUAUUACACGUGUUAUGUCACGAAAAGGUAAUAAUUAG